CGGAUGGCCGCUCUGGCCCGGGGCGCUCGAUGGUGCGCGGCCCCUCCCGCUUCCUGUUGUUCCCGGACUCUCUUCCGGGUUGGGGGUCCGGAGGUUUGGCCGGAGCUGCGCCCGGUUUAUAAAGCGCUACUGAAACUUGAUGAUGUCUGAAGAUGAAGAAAAGCUUAACUUGCGUCGCCUUGAGCCAGCCAUCCAGAAGUUCAUUAAAGUUGCCAUUCCAACAGAUCUGGAGAGGUUAAGAAAGCAUCAGAUAAAUAUUGAGAAGUAUCAGAGAUGCAGACUGUGGGACAGGUUACAUGAAGAGCACAUCAAUGCCGGCCGUACAGUUCAACAGCUGCGAGCAAAUAUCCGAGAGAUGGAGAAGCUCUGCCUACGGGUCCGGAAGGAAGACCUCCACACUUUGGAGAGGAUGAUCAACCCGGUGAAGGACCAGGCGUCGGGGGCCAUCAAGGAGUUUCUGCAGCUCCAUUUGGAGUCCGCAGAAGAACUGAAGAGGCAGUUUAAGGAGAAAGAGGCGUUGCUCCAGUCCCCUUUAACCAGAUCAACCACCGUAGCAGGGGAAACGUUUUACGAUGCCAGCAACGAAGGACUCUCUCAGAGUUACAUCCAGACGUUCUCCCCUCUCCCCGAAAUCCCCCAGGAUCAAAACGCGGCGGAAUCAUGGGAAAUGCUUGAGGAGGACUUGAUUGAGCUCAGCAACCUGGUGACGGACUUCUCUCUGCUUGUUAACGCUCAGCAGGAGAAGAUUGACAGGAUUGAAGAUAACGUCAACACGGCCGCCGUGAAUGUCGAAGAGGGGACCAGGAAUCUCUCCAGGGCUGCCAAAUUCAAGCUGGCUGCCCUGCCUGUCGCCGGCGCCCUCAUUGGUGGAGUGGUUGGUGGUCCUAUUGGGCUCCUGGCCGGCUUCAAAGUGGCCGGCAUUGCUGCUGCGCUGGGCGGCGGAGUUUUGGGCUUCACGGGUGGGAAACUGAUCCAGAGAAAGAAGCAAAGGAUGAUUGAAGGCCUCUCAGCUCCCUCCUCCUGCAGCUGCCCAGAUCUCCCCAGACCAAGCGACCGAGAAUGUAGCUGAAGGGGGGCUCCUCUGGUGAGCCCCCCGCCUCCGCUUUGGAUCCCCCUUGCGCCCGACGGACCUGAAGAGCAGAUCCAGCCCUGGCAGCGUUUGGAAAGGGUAACCCCCAGCCCCUCUCUUCUGUCGGGGCAGAGAAGGCUCGUCCUUCCAUUUUGAAAACGGAAGCCAGAGGCAGGUCAGAAGGUGUGUGCCAAAAAAGCACCUUCCUCGUCCGAGAGUUAAGGGGGCGUUGUUCGCAAGACACCUUCUCCUGGAGAAACGGAAGAGGGAGAUUUUAAGUCAUAAAUGGUUCAGUGCCUGGUCCGUCUUCUCUGCGAGCAUACAAAUAAAUGUCUCCUUCAGGGUUCUUUGUGGUGGAAUCCUUAGCCAAGUUUGAAGUUCAAAGCCUGGACUCUUUUCAUACACCUGUUUGGCUCAGGUGAAGUAACUGACCCUCUCCUUUGCCCAAGUGCUGCAUUCUUGGGAUUAUUUUUUUUUAAGGUGCAGACUUUCCCAAAACUUAACCUUUCAGGCUUUAGGACAGAAGUUCUGCGCGCUCUCUCUCUCUCUCUUUUUAAAGUGUUGCUUUUAGGAAAAUCAGAACUGUGCUUUGCAAACGAAUCUUCACAGUGUUUCAGGUUCUCUUCGGAAGUAUCUGCUAUCGACCACCAAGUGUUGGAGGACUCUGUGGUGGCCAAAUUUCUGGAUAUAUUGGACGGGACACUGAUCUCCCAUAAUCCCUUUUCCCCAUUGCCACAUCGGCCGAAUUCUGAUGGGAGGGAAUCAAAGAUAACGCCAUACUGUGCCAUUGCUCCGCUGACAGUUGGGGUUUUUUUGCUGGGUGUUGAGUUUUCUGAAUACGAAGCCUUUUUGUUUUUAAGUGCUCCAACGUUUAUAAGUAAAGUUUGAUACGUGCUUAAAAGGAGUUCCAUUUUUCUCCGGCAUAAAAGAAGUCUCAAUUGAGCAUCUGAAGAUGAUGUCUCUGCAUCUCGGUCCUACCCAGGACUGGGUGGCAGGAUGGGUCUUCUUGUCUCUCAUCAGGGUUUGUGUCUUACCUGAAGCCCAAGACCUGUGGCUUUUUCGUUCCUCUGACGGUGGACUCAGGACUUCAACAUUGUUGUCUGGCCUGUACAGAACAGUAUACAGAAGAUUAGGAUUCUGGUGUCAGUGGGUCACUGUUGUGUGGGUCACAAGCACCACCCUCCACAUGAAAACCACUCUUAAAUAUUUUGAACUUGCCCACCUAAACCCAAAGAUGGUAGUGAGGUUGUGGGGAACGUCCAUUAUACGCCAUUUGUUAAGCGGAGCAGCAAAUUGUUUUACUGGGUGAUUUAAUUAAAGUGGGAGUUCUUAAUGACAUGGGAAAUAAAAACCAUUUUAAAAAUUGUA